GCUUCACAGCACGAUGGCAUCACUUUGCAACCGACAUUUUCAAAUCCCAAGGCUUACUCUCCAGCUGCUGGUUUUGACUAUGACAUGUCACUCUGCUGUCAUAGAUAGUGCUGCUUCGAUUCAGCUCAGAGGGGAGGUUGGUGGAACAGUGACCUUCCACUGUCCCAUUGACCAAAAAAGGACAUUGAAAUUGUGGUACAUCCAGAAAGGCGAAACAUUUGUGAAUGGCUACUAUGAAUCAGAAAACGUAUCAGAGCUGUCAUGGGAGAACACCAGAGUGGAUCUUGACAAGAUGACCAUACUCAUGUACAAUUUGAACGUCUCACAUAGUGGUGACUAUCAGUGCAUUAUCCGGUACAGUGAGAUGAAACCUGAAGCCCAUAUACACCUGCACCUCAAAGUCACAGCAAACUACAUCAAACCUACACUCAAAGUGCACUGCAGUGAUGAAAAUCAUCACUUUAGUUGCCUAGUGAACUGUACCUCACAUGGUGGCUACCCAGGCACUGAGGUGACAUGGAACAUAUCGGGGAGUUUGAAGAUUGUGAACAACAGUAAAAUGAUCGAUCCACACACCACAACAUUCAACAUCUCCAGCGUCGCAUUCGUCAACUGCUCCGACGGAAAUCUGACGUCCCUCAGCUGUUCUGUGGGCGACAUCAUCUCAGACCUGUUCCCAGUCUGUACACCCAAGGAUCGUGACACUCCCUAUCCUUGUGUGAUAACAACAGUAGCCAUCUGUGCAGUGGUGGUUGUCAGUAUCAUGGCGGCAUUGCUCGGGUGGUGGUGGCAUUGCAAGAAAGGAAAGAGAAGAGGACCAGGAGUAGCUGGGAGGCAAGAAAAUGGAUUUGAGGAGGAGGAAACAGUCCUCAGUGAAAACUAGGAGUCUUCUUGAGGGCUGAAUUGGUUAAGAGGAAGGUCCGAUUUUUUUUCACGGACCGUAGAAUCUACAACUGAAACUGUAGGUCACGCAAAUGUACGUUACAUUUGUGACUGACUGCUGCAUACAAGGCAGGAACGGCCAAAGUCAAUAGUCGGAGACGCACUGGGGACCUCCUGCUCUCAACAUUUCACUGACAUUUGACUAUUUAAGUGUUUAAGGAAGUAUUCCUUGUCAGUAUUGUUUUACGGGUAAUGUACAGUGCAUCGUUCAACAGAGAAUAGGUUACUUCUCCAAAAAAAAGCUUUUCCACUGGUUUGUGGUGAGAGUGUUGUCGUAUACUGGAAAACUGUCUUUUGGGGAAACACCUCCAGCAUUGUGAGCAAUGAAAACAAAAAUGCUGUAUGUAAACAUUAUUGAAAUACUGUGUAUUCUCUAUUGUUGCACUGACCUCUACGGGCAGAAGUGGGAUCUGUUCCACAUCCUGCAGGUUUCACUUUUUAGACUGUGUUUUAUUAUUUUUAAAUACAGUAUAAUGUUUUUUUUGCACUUUAAAAUUGUAUUUUCUUAUUUAAUGCCCAUAAUAGAACUGUUAACAUUAGUCAGCAUAUUUUUUAGUUUACUUUAGUUUUACUUUAGCUUUGUCCAUCAAAAAUGAGGUAUCAGCUUUAAAGCUGUGAACAAAUAUUUAUGAAUGCAGAAAAGAUGGAUGUCAAAAUAGUUUUUGCACAGGAAUUUGUUCUCUGAAGUACACACAUUUUCUGCAAUAAGUUCUUCGUUAACUGUCAUUACCCUUAUCAAACUUUUGACGUUUUUCUCUCAGGUGACUGUUCUCAUUUGAAAUAUUGCUAUUUUUCUCGAUAUUUAUUUCAUUUGGUGUUUUGGUUUCUCAUUAUCAAAUUGCACAUCCUUUACACUAUUUAAUUCUUCCUUUCACAUAAUUACCAAACAAUCUCAGAGGACUGCUUUCAUUUUCUGAAUCUGUAAGAAACACUCUUGUAAUAAGGCUGUUCUGUAUCUUAUUUCCAUACAUAGAAAUCACUGAAAUGUAUAAUACAUUAAAGUUGUGCAAUUACUUCUU